AGUUGUAGAAAGAAUGGAUGGUGUUUCAGAUGACAUGGAAAAGUCACACAUGGGUUACAAUAAUAAAAUCACAGAAGUACAGCAGAACUUGAAAAAACUAGAUGACCAAGCAGGAGAAAAAUCAGACAGCACCAAUAGUGAACUAUCAAGUGUGAGGUCAGAUAUUGUGGCUAUUCGCCAGCAACUCCGAGAGAUCACAGAAAAAAGCAGCAGGAACAAAGAUGCUCUGGAGAAGCUAAAAGAGUCUGGAGACCUUCUGGAUGCUAAACAAAGCCAAAUGAAAAGUGCAUUAGACAAUAACUCUCUAAUGAUUAAUGGAAUCAAUCAAACAUUGCAAGUCUAUAACAGUUAUGUCUCCAGUCUGCAACAAGAUACCACCAGCCUUCAAACAAACCUUCAACACCAAAUGCAGUCAAGCAAUGUAAUCAUUAUGAGUGUUAGCAAUUUGAAUUUAACACAAACCCAGCAGAGGACAGUUAUAAGCACUUUGCAGAGGUCUGUGGAUGAUACCAGCCAAGCUAUACAACGUAUCAAGAAUGAUUUUCUGAGCUUACAGCAGGCUGUUCUUCAAACUAAAAAGGAUACAGAAUGGCUGAGAGAGAGGGUACAAAACUUACAAAGCAUAGCAGCUAACAACUCGGCUCUUGUCAAAGCCAACAAUGAGACAGUAGAAGAUAUGAGCAGUCAGCUAAAUGCUCUUAACAGCCAAAUUGACAACAUCACAGUGAUCGCUCAGACAAAUGAACAAAAUCUAAAAGACCUCCAGGAUUACCACAAAGAAUAUGAGAAUAGGACGAAUGCUAAAUUCAACUAUUUGGAAGAACGUUUUCCAAAAAUUUGAGGAGGAUAUAGUAGGAAUUAUUAGCAACAUUAGCCAUACUGCUCACCAUCUCAGGACGCUGACUAGCAAUCUUAAUGAUGUGAGGACGAUUUGCACUGACACACUGACUAAGCACACAGAAGAUUUAAUUCAGUUAAAUAAUUCUCUCGCCAAUGUUCAAUUGGACACAACAUCUCUAAAAGCUCAGCAGGACAAUAUGAGACUAAGAUUAGAUAAUGAAGUAGCUAAUUUAUCAGUUAUCAUGGAAGAAAUGAAGGUGGUUGACUCCAAGCAUGGACAGCUGAUUAAGAAUUUCACUAUACUUCAAGGACCACCAGGUCCAAGAGGACCUAAAGGGGAGAGAGGAAUGCAAGGUCCCAUGGGGCCUCUUGGACCAAAAGGACAAACGGGAGAAAAGGGAGAACCAGGAGUGCCAGGUCCUGCUGGUGAUAAAGGCCCACCUGGACCAAUAGGACCUUCCGGCGAAAAAGGUUCAAAAGGCUCAAGAGGUUCGCAAGGCAACAAAGGGCAAAGAGGAUCACCUGGCAAAUCUGGAGAACCUGGACCAAAAGGAGAUCCAGGUGUAUCAGGACCACCUGGAGCAAAUGGACCACCUGGGCCACCUGGGCCUGCAGGCCCAGAAGGAGGAAAAGGAGUCAUUGGUGAGCCUGGGGUUCCUGGUGUCAGGGGAGCACCUGGUCCACCAGGUAUUCCUGGACUGCCUGGACUUCCAGGACCUAGAGGACCACCUGGACCACCUGGAGAUGCUGCAAGAGCCCUGUUAGUUCCAGAUGCUUCCACGCCAGAAUUCAUGAUGAGUCCUGCAGUGACUGGUUGCCCAUAUGAGUGGAAGAAUUAUACUGAUAAGUGUUACUAUUUCUCAAGUGGAAAAGAUAUAUUUGAUGAUGCAAAACUUUUCUGUGAAGAUAAAGGAUCUAUGUUAGUUGUCAUAGAAACGAAAGAGGAGCAGCAAUUCAUUAAGAAACAAACAAAUGAAAAAGGAAAUUUCUGGAUUGGACUAACUGACCAGGAAGAAGAGCAUGCAUGGAAGUGGGUGGAUGGAACUCUUCCAAGCUUCAUAAAUUGGAAGCCUGGGCAACCCGACAACUGGACUCCAGAAGAAGGACCUGGGGAAGACUGUGCAGGGUUAAUAUAUUCAGGCUUGUGGAAUGAUUUCCAUUGUUCAGAUUUCAAUAACUUCAUCUGUGAGAAACCUAGGGACCAAGGUAAG